AAUAUGCAAAUUUGUAGAGCUGCUCAAAGGGAAAUUUGAAGAGAAACUAUAUAUUGAAAAAGAAAUGUUUGACAGUAAAAUGUCUUAUAGAUGUAGUUCAUGCUUUGAUAAACCCGAAUCAACCUGAUUUGUUUCAAAAAAGAAUUUAGGGUUUUUUUUUUCAAAUGUCCUCUGAAAAUGUUUCUUAAAACUUCACUUGUUUCUUCAAAAUCAUCUUUCAAUGUUACAUUUUCAUCUUCAUCUAUUCUUUCUUCAGUUUCCCAAAAUCAACACACAAAAUCACCACCCAAACACAUCUCCACUCUUAAGCACCAUUCUCAACUUUAUAAUUUCCUUCAUGUAAACUGCAGGUCAGGUAACUUUUCUCUUGAUGAAGCUUUUGAUUCCUUCAAUUAUAUGAUUCAUAUGCACCCAACUCCUGCUAUGUCUUCCUUCAGUAUUUUGUUUUCUGCACUUGUUAAGAAAAAACAUUUUGAUCAACUUCUUGUGAUGUACACGAGAUUCAUUUCAGCUGGGUUGUUGCCGGAUUUCUUUGUUUUGAAUAUUUUAAUUGAUUGCUUAAGCAAAAUGGCACGCGAUUCUGAUGGUUUUGUAGUUCUUGGGAGUAUUUUUAGGAGGGAUUUUUACCCAAACGCUUUUACUUUUAACAAUCUGAUUAAUGGUCUUUGUAUGGCGGGCAAGAUUAAGAAGGCCAUUGAAUUUUUUAGGAAAAUGGUUUCGGUUGGUUGUAGACCGGAUGUGGUUACAGUUGGGACUUUGAUUACUGGGUUGUGUAGAACUGGUAAUGUCACUGUUGCCCUUCAGUUGUUUGAAGAAAUGAAUAACGGGAAUGGUGAAUUUGGUGUCAUUUGUAAGCCUAAUAUUGUUUGUUAUACUACAAUUAUUGAUGGUCUUUGCAAAUAUGGGUUAGUAGGCAAGGCAAAGAAGCUGUUUUCAGAAAUGAAGACCAAGGGCAUUAAUCCAAACGUGAUUACUUACACCACUCUAAUUUAUGGUUUCUGGAAUACAUCUAAUUGGGAGGAGGCUAAAACUUUGUUUAUAGAGAUGUUGGAGGAAGGUGUAAAACCUAAUGUGGUGACAUUUAACGUGGUAAUUGAUAAGCUCUGUAUCAAUGGAAAGAUGGACGAAGCCAAUGGGUUGUUCCAACUAAUGAUUAAUAGAGGUGUUUGUCCCAACACAAUAACUUAUAACACACUUUUGAGUGGUUUUUGCUUGGCAGGUCAAAUUGAUGAUGCUAGAAGGCUAUUUGAUUCCAUGGCAAGUCUGGGGUGUAAGCCUGAUGUUUUUAGCUACAAUAUUUUGAUGGAUGGUUUAUGCUUGACAAAUAAAAUUGAUGAUGCCAAGGAACUUUUAGCCUCAAUGUUGAGUAUGGGAUGCACACCUGAUGUAGUUAGCUUUAAUACUCUGAUCAAUUGGUAUUGCAGGAAUAAAAAAAUUGAUGAAGCCUUGAAUCUUUAUGAGGAAAUGACUUCAGAGGGAGUUAGGCCAGAUGUUGUUACUUAUAGUACCUUGCUAUCCGGGUUUUUUAUGAACGGUAAUGUCAGACAUGCAAAAAAGCUAUUUGAAUAAUGAGACUUUAAAAGUGGUGGAACUUCUUCACAAAAUGAAAGGGAGAAAUGUGAAACCAGAUGCAUCCAUAGGUUCAAUAAUAUUAGAUUUACUGGGAAAGCAUGAAGAUUAUCGUGAAGUCCUGAAUUUGCUACCAUCCUUUUCAACCCAAGAACCAACAGGAUGUUGAUUGUUGAG